AUGUGUAAAUUGAGGAUCUUGAGGGAACAUUUGAGAAAGUGGAAUAGAGAGGUAUUUGGGAAUAUUGAUGAUCAACUCAAGAAAGCUGAAAAUGAAUUGCAUGAGUGGGAUUUGAAAGCUGAAUCCAGAUCUUUGUUGGAGACAGAAUUGAAAAGAAAACGAGAGAUUAGAAGUCAAGUGUGGAGUCUAAGUAGAUGUAAGGCGAGGAUGUGGUUGCAAAAAUCAAGACUGAAAUUGGCACAAAAUGGUGAUAAAAAUACUCGAUUGUUCCACUUGAUGGCAAGUAGAAGACAGAGGAAAAAUUUAUUAGGCUCUGUAAAGGUGAAUGGUGUGGUGUUUGAAAAUCCAACUAUGGUAAGGCAAGUGGUUGUGAAUCACUUUAGUAGAGUGUUUAUUGAAAACUGGAAGUUUAGGCCUAAACUGUUAGGUCCCUUUCUAUCCAUCAGUCCAGCUGAUACAAAGGAUGUUUUGGAGGCUGAGUUUAGUGAGGAGUUUCACAGUAAUGGGAAGAUGGCUAAAGGGGUCAAUAGCUCGUUUAUCACUUUGAUUCCUAAAAAGAAAAACCCCACAGAUUUGAUGUGGAAAAGGAUUGUAUCAUUUGUUUCAUCAAAUACUGCUGUGGCUGAGGUGUUUGAACAAAACUUCAAACUUGUCAUUGGAUAUGGGGAGAGGAUACAGUUUUGGACUGAUAGGUGGUUUAAUGGUAGAAGUUUGAGAAAUGAUUUUCCUAGAUUGUUUAGCCUCUCAAUGGAUAAGGAAGGCACAUUAAAGUUUUUCUAUCAAAGGAAAUGGCAAGACACAAAUUGGAAGCCAGAGCUUAGACGACCACUGUUAGCUUAG